AUGCCGAAACAUACUCGAGCUCCUAGUUCCUCUCAGAAUCGCUAUAAUGCGAUCCCAGUGUCUCUGGCCCCUUCUCCAAUGUACAAUCAGCAGCGUAUGACUGUGCCCAACUACUACGGCAUGGGCACCACAGCUGGUUCUUCACUUGCUCUUCAAGCACAAACACAACAACAUACAUACGAGCCAUACCCCACAUCUUCGGCCCCUCCUGUCUCUAUUCCUGAGCCAGUUCAGGAGCCAGUCCAGCACCGAGCCAGCUCAGGAGCGUGGACACCCCAAGACGACCAGCAGUUGCUCACCGCACGCAUGCAAGGCCUCAACUGGGGACAGAUCCAAGCCAACUACUUCCCUUCCAAGACACCCAAUGCCUGCCGUAAGCGUCAUGAGCGAUUGCUGGAGCGCAAGGGUGCCGAUGACUGGGACAACAUCAAGCUUCAACGCUUGGCCAAGGAGUACAUGGCCAUGAGGAAAGAGAUCUGGAGCGGUCUCGCAGCCCGCACAGGCGAGAAGUGGAACGUCGUCGAAGCCAAGUGCAUGUCGAAUGGUCUCAAGAACCUGCAAAGCGCCGCCCGCGCCGCAGCCCGUCGUGACCGACUUGAGUCCGGCGUUUUCUCAGGGUAUGACGACGACAGCGGCGUCUCAAUGGGCCUGACACCGGUUGACGAACUAGACGCAUCGUAUAGCAAUAGCAGCCCCGAGACGAGUGUUUCCUCCCUCGUGGCCCCGGCCAACACCUCGUUCCAGCAAAUGCCGCCUCAACACAUGUCAAACGCUGUUCAAUACAACCUCGCCCCUACCUAUGCUCCCGGCUAUGGAGGUCACGGAUACUCAUCGAGCGUAAGCUCAAAUGCCAGCGUGGGACACGCUUAUGGGCAUCAUCACGGUAGUCACAGCCAGGGGAACAGCCCUCAAUACAUGACGCAGCGACCUCAAAGUUCGGACAUGGGCAUCGGCAACCUUAUUAACAGGCCAGGACGAGGUAUCUAA